CCCUCCUCUCUUGAGGAAUUUUCUUCGAGGAGUUGUUUCCACAGUACAUUCGUUCACAUACACUCUGUUAUACAAGAGGAAUAGUACACUUAGUGUGUAUAGGGUGUGUAGAGUGUGUGUGUGUUUGUAGUGUGUGCAAAUGUGUGUGUGUUUAGUCUACUCAGUAGUCUAGAAGAGGGACAAAUCAAAAUGAGGACAGCGAGUGUACAAGAGCAGGUGUGCCCUGAUCUGAGGGUUGAGAGCUAGGCAUGUUGGGUAAAGACCCCCCCACCACUAGUAGCCUUAACCUGAUGACCUCUGACCCCUCUGACAUCGCUGUGGAACCCAGUGACAUCACAGACGGCCUUGGCAUCAGCAGCAAGAUGUCGGACGUAGUUGAGAGUUUGGACACCAGAGAGUUGGACAUGGGAGAUGGAGAGGAGACUGACAAUGAUCCUACCACCAUAGGGGACAGUCGUAUAGGGUUCAGUGCUGUGUAUCACACUGUGGGUUUUAAGGAGUCAGAAGCCAGGGUCUACCUCCCUACUGUUCCCAUCACUGCUAAGAUCCUGGAGGUGGAGAGGUUCAACACUGCCCAGGACAGGUUCAACAUCACGGCACAGAGGAGUGUCAACAAGAGUCAGCCUGCAGUGUUUAAGAUUGAGCUGAGACAUGGAGAGUUCAGCUGGGUGGUCAAGAGAAAGGAGAAACACUUCAUGGACCUCCACAGAGAACUGGUCCGAUACAAGAUGUUCAUGAAGGUACCGCUACCUUCCCGCAGCCACACAACGAGGAGGAGGACAAUGAAGAAGAGUGAAGCCAGCCAUAUUCCUGAGCUACCUCGUGGCGGAGAUGAGUUGGCACAAGACGAACAGGUCUACAGCAGAAGGAAACAGCUGGAAGAUUAUCUGAACAAGCUGCUAAGGAUGGCCAUGUACAGGAAAUACUACCACACUAUGGAGUUUAUAGACGUCAGCCAGAUGUCCUUCAUCCAUGACCUGGGACCUAAAGGACUGGAGGGGAUGAUACACAAGCGUUCCGGAGGUCAUCGUAUCCCAGGCUUGAACUGCUGUGGUCACAGUGAAGUCUGCUACCGCUGGUCUAAACGCUGGUUGGUGGUGAAGGAUUCGUUCCUCUUCUACAUGAAGCCAGACUCAGGAGCCAUUUCCUUUGUUCUCCUGUUGGACAAAGAGUUCAGCGUCAAAAUGGACUCCAAAGACACAGAGACCAAAUACGGACUACGCAUCGACAGCCUCUCCAGGUGCCUUGUACUGAAGUUGAACAGCUACAGACAUGCUCGGUGGUGGGGCCAGGCGAUAGAAGACUUUGUCCGUAAACACGGGAGGGCGUUUCUACGAGACCAUCGAUUUGGUUCCUUCGCUCAGGAGGAGCAGAACAUCCCUGCCAAAUGGUAUGUGAAUGGGAAGACCUACAUGGAGGAUGUAGCCGAUGCUCUGGAAGAAGCUAAAGAAGAGAUCUUCAUCACUGACUGGUGGUUGAGUCCAGAGAUCUUCCUGAAGAGGCCAGUUGUGGAGGGAAACAAAUGGAGACUGGACUGCAUCCUGAAACGCAAAGCACAACAGGGGGUUCAUAUCUUUGUGAUGCUGUAUAAGGAGGUGGAGCUAGCUCUGGGCAUCAACAGUGAAUACAGCAAGAGAACACUAAUGCACCUGCACCCCAACAUCAAGGUGAUGCGCCACCCGGACCAUGUGUCGUCGUCUGUCUACCUGUGGGCGCAUCACGAGAAGAUCAUCGUCAUCGACCAAUCAGUAGCCUUCGUUGGCGGGAUCGACCUGGCAUACGGUCGCUGGGACGACCGAGAGCAUCGCCUGACAGACGUGGGGAGUGUGACACGCUCUGUUGCCCUAGAGAUGGAGCAGUCUCAGAGCUCUGCCAACCAUCCCUCCAGUCGAGGAGUGUCCUCUACUGAGGGUGCCGCCAAUAGCAACGGAGGAAACCAAUCACUGCCUGACAACCCAGGGGUGGAGCUUCCACGGCUGAAGGGGAUUGGUCGAACCAGGAGGAUGCACUUCUCCCUGGUCAAACACCUCCACAAACACACUCUGCAGCAUGCAGACAGCAUCAGCUCCCUGGACAGCGCUGGCAGUGGUUCAGUGCGGAGCCUCCAGACAGGUGUAGGAGAGCUGAGGGGUAACACCAGGUUUUGGCAUGGAAAAGACUACUGCAACUUCGUCUACAAGGACUGGAUACAGCUGGAGAAACCCUUCGAUGACUUCAUUGACAGGUACACCACUCCCAGGAUGCCGUGGCAUGACAUCUCCUCUGUGGUCCAUGGGAAAGCUGCCAGGGACGUGGCCAGACACUUCAUACAGCGCUGGAACUUCUGUAAGAUAAUGAAGCCCAAGUAUCAUUCUCUCUCCUACCCGUACCUUCUGCCCAAGUCUCACAGCAGUGCCAGCGAGCUGAGGUACCAGGUGCCCGACUGUGUUCCCACUAGAGUACAGGUGUUGCGGUCAGCAGCUGACUGGUCAGCGGGUAUUAAGUACCAUGAGGAGUCCAUCCACAACGCCUACCUGCAGACUAUCGCCAGGAGCAAGCACUUCAUCUACAUAGAGAACCAGUUUUUCAUCAGUUGUUCUGACAACAAGAUGGUCUAUAACAAGAUCGGAGAAGCGCUCAUCGAGAGGAUCCUCAGAGCUCACAAGGAGGGCAAGAAGUUCCGUGUGUACGUGGUGACUCCACUACUUCCUGGGUUUGAAGGUGACAUCACAACAGGGGGAGGAAACGCCCUCCAGGCCGUCAUGCACUUCAACUACAGGACCAUGAUCAGAGGUGAAUACUCCAUCAUCUCCCAGCUGAAGAAAGAAAUGGAUGAACUCCAGUGGAUGAACUACAUCUCGUUCUGUGGUCUGAGGACCCACGCUGAACUGGAGGGACGCCUGGUCACAGAACUCAUCUACGUCCACAGUAAGAUGCUCAUCGCAGACGACAACACCGUCAUCAUAGGUUCGGCCAACAUCAACGACCGCAGCAUGUUGGGGAAGCGUGACAGCGAGGUGGCGGUGAUCAUUGAAGACUCUGAGACCGUUACCGCGGUGAUGGACGGACUUGAGUACCAGGCUGGACGCUACGCACUGGCGCUACGUCUAGAGUGCUUCAGGACUAUCCUUGGAGCUCAUAUGGACACGACCAUAGAUGUGUCUGACCCUGUCUCUGACCGCUUCUAUAAGGAUGUCUGGAUGACCACCGCUGGACGCAACGCAACCAUCUAUGAGAAGGUGUUCCGGUGCCUGCCGUCCUCCCUGGUUCGUAACAUGUCUGAGUUAGAGAGUUACCAGACGAACCCAGGCCUGGCCCAGUCUGACACGGGUAAAGCCCAGGAGGAGCUAAGGAGGAUCAGAGGGUUCCUGGUUCAAUUCCCUCUGGACUUCCUCUCAGAACAGAACCUAAUGCCUUCUGUUGGGACCAAGGAGGGCAUGGUGCCUACUGAGAUCUGGACCUAGGACAAGACACACACACACACACACAGGACAAGACACACACACACACACACACAGACCACUGUAUUGAACUGUGGAUCUUUAGAAUGAAGUUGAACUCUGGACCUCCAGCUGAUAGCUGACAACUUAAACCACAAACAUGGAGGACCAUGAUGCUGCUUGGCCCGUCACAUCCACAACUCAGCCAAUGAGACUGCUUGCCACACGGACUAAUGAGGAAGUGCAGGGUUCUCAUAUCCAUUCAGGAGGACGCAACGCUACAGGAUAUUCAGAUAGAAAUAUAUGAAUAUGGAGCUAACCAGGUCCCUAUCCUACAUGAUGAGAGGUGAUGAUCUGUUCUACACAAUAUAUUUCUAUCUCCAAAUGUAUAGGUUUAGAAUGUUUCACCUGACUGAAUACACCUGAAAAUGGGUGAAGAAAAUGAGCACCUAAUUCCAAAGUAGAAACUCCUUCAUUUCUAAAUGUUUUCUCCUGUUAUAUGCCUUCUGGACGCGACCCUGGACACUCUCCUAUGCCUGUCACCUACUCCGUUUGUUAUGCACGUUCGUACGGUCGUAGCACUGCGUAAGCUGACAUACUGUCUUUAGCUGUAGUGCCUAAAGGUCUGUUCUUUCUUUCUAGAAUGGAGGUUGUCUUUGAGAAGAAGACAUGUAAAUGUUUACAAUCUAAAUAUGGAAUUGUUCCGUAAAAUCGUAAUUGUAAAACGAGACUUUUAAAGCUCAUCCUAAAUGUUAUGUUAAAUGAACCACAAAAUGUCCCGAUAAAAAGUCACAGAAUUUCAGCAUGAAUCACAACUACCUACGGCCUUCUGUCUUCUGCCUUUAGGUACACCUACUGUUCUAUCACGCCCUGUAAGUACUUGUAUCGCCUAUUGUAUAAAUAAUGUAUCAUAUUGCCUAUUAUUUAAUUAAAUCAUCAAUCCCAUCA